AUGGACCAGACCUAUGUGCCACUCACCGACUUGUCGCAACUCAAGGAUGAGUUGCAGAUACCAGACGCCAUGUGGAUGAGGCUGAGGAAGACGUUCAAACUCUCCAAGAAGUACAGUCUAUCUAAGGUCAAGCAAAUACAAACUGGUGAGUAUCAUUGGCAACAACAUACAUUCAUGAAAGUUGAUCUGAUUGCUGACCUUGUUCACAUACCACCAGAGACAAUUAGGCAUAUCUGUAUGUUCGACAAGGAGAGCCGGAAGGCAUCUUAUGCUACUCUCAGGUCAUUGAUUGAUAAAGCGUUGGACAAGGAGAGGCCAAAUCUGAGACCAGGUGAGAAGCUGUACCUCAAGAUAUCAUUUGAUGGAUGCGCGCUGUCCAAGACCAUGUCUGUCGUCAUUGGAACAAUCCAGUUGAUGUAUGAAUCAAAGAGGAAGAGGAGGCUACGCUCGCCGUUUGACAAUCUACAGUUCCUAGUGUAUGAAGGGAAGGAGGACUACGACCAGAUGAGGAGCAGCCUAAGUGAGUUCUGUAAUGAGCUCAAGACAUUGAUGAACCGUCGUGUCGACUCGUUUGACUUCACACCAUCCUACUCGCCCAACAGCACUGUUACCAUCUAUCCAGUGAUUGUCGUUGACAUGGCAUGCUUAAUCUGCAUCAUGGGUAUCUACGCAUGCUACAAGACCAACUCGACCUACAGAUGCUGUUGGUGCUCUGUGACGAAGCAUGAUUUGGCCGACUUCAAUUUUGACGGACAUGACCUAAGAGAUGUGUCUCAGAUGCAUGCAUCGUCAGACCCAGGCAAUAAUGAAGGUUGUCGACAUGAUCCAAUCUUCAAGUUCAUGAGGAUGACCCUCAUCCUGCCAGACACGCUACAUUUGCUGAUGAGUCAAGUGAAGCUUAUGACCAAGAUGCUCUUGCUGUCUGUCAAUGAUCCUCGCUUUGGCAGAGAGGUGCUCAAUCACUUCAAAUCGAUUGGCAUCACAAUGAGACAAAUGCAGCCGAAUGAGGACAUACUCACCACCUUUGCCGGGUCGCGGCUCAACUACGAGCAGUGUCUGAAGAUCCUAAACAAGAAGGAUGGCCUGUUGGCAAUCUACAAGAGGUACUGUAAUGAAGGAGACGAAUACGCCGACAAGGUUAAGCUCUUGUGGGAUCAGUGCUACACAUUGCUCGGUAUGUGUGUCAAGAGGAAGAGCAAGGUGACAGAACAAGAAUGGUUGGAGUAUGCCAAGGUCUUUGGCAAGAACUUUGUCAGCCUCUAUCCAAAGACCUAUGUAUCAUCAUACAUGCACGUCUUGGUGUACCACAUUGGGUACUUCUUGGAGAAAUAUUCCAACUUGGACAGGUUUGCCAACUUUGCUAUUGAGUGCCUCAAAGAUUGGUUCCUCAAACAACAUCAACAUAUGCCGGCAGAUCCUGGAACGGGCAACCAGGUUGUACGUCUAUUGUAG